AUGUUUGAAUUUCUUAGUAAACUACUUGAAAGAGCGAGACCCAAAACUUUGGUCUUACUUAGAAUUAAACGAUUUCUACAAGAGGCUAAAGAGUUAGAUUCAGACUCAAAUAGUAUUAUAGAAAAGCAGAAUGUGAUCAUUGAGAGACUACAGCUUCAAGUUCAAAGUACCUAUAAUAAGGAAACCCUUCUUACAUUUGAUGAGUCUAAUCAGAAUACAAAUUCAACAUACUUAUGUGAUAAACAUGCUUUUGAUGUUACUUUUGAUUCAAAUUUAAUUUCUCUUGAGAGAGCGAAGAAGAUCAAGACUAUCAGCAAAGAUGAAAGCACAGAAUAUGAUUUAGAAUCAGAAGAAAGUGAUGAAGAAGUGAUUGAUAAAGUACAAAGUAAUGAAGAAAUCAAGAGUCUUAAACAGGAUGAAGUGAAUAUUUGUGAAAAACUAAACACAAUUUUGAGAGAACAGAAAGAAAAAGAAAUGAAAUCAGGAAAGACCAUUAUUACAUCAACAACACUUAAUAAUAUAAUAAAUAUUUCUGAUAAAGAAAUAAACAAAUCUUUCAUUAAUGGAAGAUUUGAUUCUUAUUAUUAUAAAGAUCAUGAUGUAGCUCAGCAAGUUCUCACUCACUGUUCUGUUAGGUUAGAGGCUUCUAUUUUAUAUGAAUCAGAGUAUUUUAAAUUAGAACAAACAUUUGCAAUAGAUAUGACUAUAUACAUAAUAAAUAGGUUAUUUCAUAUGAAUGAAGACUUAUUAGACAUUGAAUGGUAG